CCCCCCCCCCCCAAAAAAAAAAAAAAAUCUAACACCCCCACUAUACCAAAAUUAUUCCCCCCUACCUUUGACGACCACCAACCGAAACCAUUGUUUGUAGCAUUCCUCAGAUCUCUCUUAAAGGGUAUUUCAUAUAGCUUGUCACACAUGGCCGCAUUCAAAGCAUUUUUGAACAGCCCUGUUGGCCCUAAAACAACUCAUUUUUGGGGUCCUGUAGCCAACUGGGGAUUCGUCAUUGCUGGACUGGUCGACACGCAGAAACCACCAGAGAUGAUAUCAGGCAACAUGACAUCAGCAAUGUGUGUGUAUUCUGCAUUGUUCAUGAGAUUUGCAUGGAUGGUACAGCCUCGGAAUUAUCUUCUUCUGGCAUGCCAUGCCUCUAAUGAGUCGGUGCAACUCUAUCAACUAUCACGUUGGGCAAAAAGUCAAGGAUAUUUGCAGCAGAAUGCAGCCAAAGCAGAGUGAUUUAGUUUUCUUUCUUGUUUAAUUUUUGGACACUUUUCGCCUGUCGUUUUAUGAGUUUUUUCAUCAAUUGUUGCAGAAAAACUUGCCUUUGAUCAUCAAAGAGCUGAACUAACAGACUACUCCCAAGUAAAUCUUAGUACUAUUAGUACUGGUACCUUUGGGAUUCAUUAUCAUGUCUAUAAGAAUUGCCACAAUAACACAA